AAGACAUCAGAUAAAGCUAAAGCCAAAGGAUAGGUACAUCUUUAGUUUCUCUUCGCAAGACAGAGCAACAUGAUUCACUGAUUUUAGGUCAUACACGGUUACGCAAAUAAGGAAAUAACAAAGAUGGGGGCAGAACAGAGCACUCUGGCAAAGAACGGUUAUACACUGCAAAGAGAAACCAAAAAUGCUGUUGUUGCCACAAAGGGAGAUGACAUGUUUUUCUUAAGAAGGAUCAUCUUACACAAGGUACCCAGAAAUGUUGUUCCAGCAUUAACCAGAGAGAGAGCAAUCCUCAAGACAACAAAUCAUCCUCAUAUUGUGAGCAUCAAGAACUCUUUUCAAGAUCAGAACAUUUACUAUGUAGUGAUGGACUACUGUCAGGGAGGAAACCUUGCUGCAAAGGUCAGAGAAAGGAGGGAAUCUCCACAAGAGUCUGAGAUACUGAGCUGGAUUGCCGAGAUCUGUAUUGCUUUGAGAGCUAUUCAUGAAAAAGGCUUGCUUCACAAACAUCUGAUGCUAAAGAACAUACUCCUCACAGAGUUUGGAAUGGUGUGCUUGGGAGAUUUUGGAAAAAUCUAUGAAAACUCAAAAAGCACUCAGUCAACCAAUAAUUCAUAUCUGGCUGAAGCCAUAAAUUAUCUGCCACCAGAAGUCUUCACUGAAGGAAGCUAUGAUGAAAAAAGUGACAUUUGGUCAGUGGGAUGCCUACUCUAUGAGCUCUGCACUCAAAAACCAGCGUUUUCAGCAGAGACCACAACCAUGCUCAUGCCCAAGAUAAUUGGUGGUCCUUACCCAUGUCUCCCAGAGACAUUCUCACCGGAGCUUUGUGAAAUCUUGAAUGAUAUAUUCAACAGAGACCCUCAAUCAAGACCAACAGCCAGUGAGAUCCUGAAACAUCCCCUCAUCAUAACAUGUCUCUCAAACAAGAUCAAAACAACUCUGGAGGAACUUCAGACCAAGCUGACCAAGCUAAGAGAUGUGGCUGAUGGUUUGGAACGUGUGCACCAGGGUACCACCAUUGGCAGGCUGACAGGAGGAGUGAUUGGAGUGGUGGGGGGGGUUACGUCCAUAGUGGGUCUAAUACUGGCCCCCUUCACUUUGGGAGCCUCUCUUAUUGUCUCUGGGGUUGGAGUGGGUAUGGGUGCACUUGGUGGGGUCACUGCUGGUGCCUCAAAUAUCACAAAUAUGGUCAACCAGUCCUCUGAUCGCAAAGCUGUUCAAAGCAUCCUCAAAGAGUUUGAACAGAAAAUUCCAGCAGUUGUCACCUGGUUACAGGAGUUUGGCAACAGCAUCCAGAACAUCAGGAGCGGAUUUGGCUCAGCUGAGACACCUGACACAGAGGAUAGCCAGUUCACUGAAGAGAACCAGAAAAGGCAUGGCUUCAGGGCAGGGAGGGGAAUGGGUGGCCUUGCAGCAUGGGCAUCCAGGGCAGUACGUGUGGCAGAGGUAGCUACAAGUGUGCUUUUUGGCUUAUUCAUAGCAGUAGAUAUCUUUUUUAUUGCCAUGGAUGCCAAAGAGAUAUACCACAUUAGACAGGCAAAGGCAGCAGAGGCAGCUGCUACUUCUGGGUCAGUGUCCAACUUUGACUCUACGUCUACCUCUGACCAAGCUGCACUGUCCAGUUCAGUGAUGCAAGAGCUCGAGCCUAAAACAUCACAGGCACAGGACCAGUCUUCCUCUAAUACCACUGAAGUCAAAUCUGAGAUCAUGAAAUUUGUCCUGUCAAUCAGGCAGGCAGCAGACAACUUGGAGAAAGUCUUGAAUGAGCUACAAAGCAUCAACUCAUCUCUCCUUUCAUUUGGAGAUCAGGGAGAGCUGGAAUGGCAAGAUAUGGAAUUAAUGUAA